AUGUGCUUUCAGUAAAAUGGGAGCAAAAAAGCCAGAUCCAAAGGGAGGUGCUAAGGGCAAAGCCCCAGCCAAGAAAAAGGAAGGUGGAGGUGGUGGCAAAGCUAAGAAGAAGAAGUGGUCCAAGGGAAAAGUUAGGGACAAGUUGAACAAUCUGAUCCUCUUUGACAAGGCAACAUAUGACAAGUUCAAGACAGAAGUACCCAACUACAAACUUAUAACUCCUUCUGUUGUAUCUGAGAGGAUGAAGAUCCGUGGUUCCCUGGCCAAAGCCGCCCUUCGUGAGCUCCACAAAGAUGGGAUGAUUCGCCUGAUUUCCAAGCAUCAUUCACAGCUCAUCUACACAAGAAAUACAACUGAUGAAUAAUGCGGGAUCUGUACAAAAUAAAUAAACGAUGAUAACAUC